CCCCUCCCCGCGCGAGCUCCACCCAGGUCGCAGGCAGCGCGGUCGGCGGCGCCUAUUUCCCGCCAUUGUGCGAAGUAGAGGUUGGGGGCCCGCACGCGCCGCCCGCCAGUCGCCAGCAGUUCCUUGUCUGCCUCCGCUACAGCCGCCGUUCCCAGCGCGCGGGAGGCCGGGCGGCCCGCGCCCCAGGAUCACCCUGCGUGGGAGGGCGCUCCCGGCGAGGAGCGGCCGAGCCCGCGAAGAGGACCCGCGGCGCGGGACGCCGGGCCGUGCCGGCCCCGGCCCUUCGGCGAGAUGCCCUGUGGGGAGGAUUGGCUCAGCCACCCGCUCGGGAUCGUGCAGGGAUUCUUCGCCCAAAAUGGAGUUAAUCCUGACUGGGAGAAGAAAGUAAUUGAAUAUUUUAAGGAGAAACUGAAGGAAAAUAAUGCUCCUAAAUGGGUACCAUCACUAAAUGAAGUUCCCCUUCAUUAUUUGAAACCUAACAGUUUUGUGAAGUUUCGCUGCAUGGUUCAGGAUAUGUUUGACCCUGAGUUUUACAUGGGAGUGUAUGAAACAGUCAACCGGAACACAAAAGCACGUGUUCUUCAUUUUGGCAAAUACAGAGAUGUAGCAGAGUGUGGGCCUCAACAAGAAGUUGAUAUAAACUCUCCACGAACUACCACUUUGGAAAGACAGACUUUCUAUUGUGUUCCAGUGCCUGGGGAAUCUGUGUGGGUAAAAGAAGCUUAUGUUAAUGCAAACCAAGCUCGAGUCAGUCCUUCAACAUCCUACACUCCCAGUCGCCACAAGAGGAGUUACGAAGAUGAUGAGGACAUGGACCUACAGCCUCAUAAACAGAAAGACCAGAAUGCAAGUGCCAGACAAGCAGGGAGUGUUGGUCUUCAGUGGUGUGGAGAGCCAAAACGGUUAGAAACUGAAGCUUCCACGGGGCAACAGCUGAGCUCCCUGAACCUCUCUUCUCCAUUUGACUUGAACUUCCCAUUGCCAGGGGAGAAGGGCCCUGCAUGCCUUGUGAAGGUCUAUGAAGACUGGGAUUGUUUCAAAGUAAACGAUGUUCUUGAGUUAUACGGCAUACUGUCUGUGGAUCCUGUGCUAAGUAUACUGAAUAAUGAUGAAAGGGACACCUCUUCUCUCCUGGACCCCAUGGAGUGCACAGACACAGCUGAGGAACAGAGGGUGCACAGCCCUCCUGCGUCCUUAGUGCCAAGAAUCCAUGUGGUUCUGGCCCAGAAGCUGCAGCACAUCAACCCAUUACUGCCUGCCUGCCUGAGCAAGGGGGAGAGCGGGGCCUGCAAGCUCGUUUCAGGUUUCAUGUCUGAGCUGUCUCCAGUCCGAGCGGAGCUGCUGGGGUUCCUCACUCAUGCCCUUUUGGGGGACAGUUUGGCUGCUGAGUACCUUAUAUUACAUCUCAUCUCUACAGUAUAUACAAGAAGAGAUGUUCUUCCACUAGGAAAAUUUACAGUUAACUUGAGUGGUUGCCCACGGAACAGUACCUUCACAGAGCACUUAUAUCGGAUUAUUCAACAUCUUGUUCCAGCAUCUUUUCGUCUACAGAUGACUAUAGAGAACAUGAACCAUCUGAAAUUCAUUCCCCACAAAGACUAUACAGCCAAUCGCCUGGUCAGUGGGCUCCUGCAGCUCCCCAGCAACACCUCUCUGAUAAUCGAUGAGACUCUCCUGGAGCAGGGGCAGCUGGACGCGCCGGGUGUUCAUAAUGUGACUGCCCUGAGCAACCUAAUAACUUGGCAGAAGGUGGAUUAUGACUUCAGUUACCACCAAAUGGAAUUCCCGUGCAACAUUAAUGUUUUUAUUACUUCCGAGGGGAGAUCACUUCUGCCGGCAGACUGCCAGAUCCACUUACAGCCACAGCUCAUCCCACCAAACAUGGAGGAGCACAUGAACAGCCUGCUCUCGGCAGUGCUGCCUUCCGUGCUGAAUAAAUUCCGCAUCUAUCUGACCCUUUUGAGGUUCCUGGAUUAUAGCAUAUCUGAUGAAAUAACCAAGGCAGUUGAAGAUGACUUUGUGGAGAUGCGCAAGAACGAUCCCCAGAGCAUCACUGCUGACGAUCUUCACCAGCUGCUCGUGGUAGCUCGGUUUCUGUCUCUGAGUGCUGGUCAGACAACGCUGUCAAGAGAACGGUGGAUAAGAGCAAAACAGCUGGAGUCUUUAAGAAGAACCAGGCUUCAGCAGCAGAAAUGUAUGAAUGGAAAUGAACUUUAAAGAGCUGAUUCCUGUGAAAGAUGGACAGAUUGUAGCCACAUUACUGUAAAAUUCAAAUAUCAUUUAUACCACAUUGUUUUGUAGAUAAUUUGUAUCAAACACCAAUGACUUUUCCUGAAAUCCAUCCUGGUAACAUCUGAAGUUUAUAUAAUAUUCAGUAAGGGCUUUUACCUUACUGAUUUUAUGGAGCUUUUGAAGUUUGUUUUAUAGUAAUAUAAAUUAGUAACAAUGUACAAAAAUGUAUUUGAUAUUAAAGGUUUAAUAUUGAUAAUGUU